ACCACAGACACGAACUUUGUAAUGUGGCCUCUGAGAGCCAGUCCUGCACACUUCCAGCCCUCACAGCCCCAGGACAAGGACAGAGCAGACGGUGAGAGGCUGGCCAUGUCCCCCAGUCUCCCCAUCCUCCUGGGCCAAGUGCUCUGCCUGGGCCAGGUGAUCCUCACACAGGAGGGGGCCUUACCCAGACCCUCUAUCUCUGCUGAGCCAGGCGCUGUGAUCCUCUGGGGGCAGCCUGUGACCAUUGUGUGCCGGGGCCCUGCUGAGGCUGAGACAUUCCGCCUGGCAUGGGAGGAUGGCUCUAACUACACCGAUCAGAAGAUCCUGCCCCAACGUCCUCCACAUGAGACAGAGGCCAGAUUCCCCAUCACCAGAGUGAGUGACGACACUGCCAGGCAUUAUUACUGCCGGUAUCAUAAAAAUUCCAGCUGGUCUGAGCACAGUGAGUUCCUGGAGCUGGUGGUGACAGGUGAGGACGUCUCAGCUCUGCCGUCAGGAGGCCCUGAUGAAAUCUUCCCCCUGCCCACAGAAGCGGGCUCCCAGACAGUGCCCACCUCCUGGAAUUACACUGUGGUGAACUGUGUCCGCAUGGGCCUGGCUGGUGUGGUCUUGCUGAUCCUGGUGGUGAUUCUGGCAGAAGCUUGGCACAGUCAGCACAGGUCCCAACAUGGACCACAUGGGGCCCACCAGACAGAUUAGACCCCAGGGCCCCAUGAGGUACAUCCCCUAGGGCUCUGAGACUGACACCAGAGCUGAAGGAGACCCAAUGCCUGUCAUGGGCUGUGAACUCUGCAAUGCACCAGGGGGAGGCUGCCCUGUGGGACCCAAACCCCAUUCUUGAAAGUGCAUGGGGCACAGCGUUGAUGUGUCCUGGGCUCUCCUGGGUUUAUGAGUCCCCAGUCUUUGAGGAUUUGCCUCCAAGUCCCACACUCAUAAUCAUAACCUCUGCCCCAUUCCUUCCUGGGUCUCCUUUCCCUCCAGUCCUAAGAUAGAUCCCGGUUCCCUCCAGCCGCUCCCUCCCUUUUCCUUUUCCUCCUCCUUUGCCUGUUUCAGAGGCUCCAUGAAGCUCAUUUCCUGUUUUCCCUCCUCACCCUUUGGUGAUGUCAGAAUCUAGGGCUUCCCUUCCACAUCUGGGCAGACUCCUUCCUGUUGGACUUUCCCAUGCCCUCCUUCUCCUGGAGCCCCACAUUGCCAGCUGUCCCCUGGGAACUGAAAACUUGUCCCCCAAGUCCCUGGCUCUCAGUGACACCAGUCACCUGCCUUUCCCAGGGAGGCCCCUCACUGCACCUGCCCUGGGCCUCCACACAUCCCAUUUCUCUUCUUCCUGGAGUGGUUUCUGCCCUCCGUGAUCUGUUUUCUCCUGCUUUCCCCAUUGUCUUGGAUCAAAAGUCCAGUGAAGGAAUGUCAGUCAAAACUGCAGUGAGAUGUCACCACAUGCUUGUCAGGGUGCCUACAAUUGCAAAAAAAAGAGGAAAGUAACCAGUGUUGCAAAGAUCAGAACCGUUGUGCACUGUUGGUGGAAAUGCAAAAUGCUGCAACCACUGUGGAAAAUGGUGUGACACUUCCUCAAAAAUUAAAUAGAAUCACCACGUGGUCUGGCAAUUCCACUUCUGGGUAUGCAGGCAAAGAAAUGAAAGCAGGGCCUUAAGCAGAUAUCUGUACACUCAUGUCCACAGCAGCAUGAUUCACAAUAACCAACAUAAUCACGAGGCUCCUUAAAUAUGGAAGAAGGAAGCAGAAUAACCAGUGUUAGAGUGAUGCAACAUGAGAAGGACUCAGCUGGCCAGUGCUGGGUUUGAAGAUGAGGAAGGGGCCACACGUCAAGGAUGCAGGCGCCUCUAGAAGCUGGAGAAGGCCCAGGAACAGAUUCUCCCCUUGGGCCUCCAGGAAGCAAUGCAGCCCUGCAGACAUCUUGACUUUAGCUCAGUGAGACCCAUUUCAGAUUUCCGACCUCCAGAACUGUAAGAUAGUAAAUCCGUGUUGUUGUGAGCCUCCAUGUUUGUGCUAAUUUAUUACAACAGAAUGAGGAAUUUCAUACACCUGGCGUCGAACACUGUUGGUCUCAAGAGGCCCCAAAACUUCUGGAAACUGAUUCUGGUGCAGACCUUUGCUUAUAAGGUCCUUGACCUCACCCCCUCACAUUUCAUCCCAAACCUCUGACCACCAGCGUCUCGAAGCCCAGCCUGGCACACAUUCAGCCCCAGGGUCAGGAGGAAGGGGCUUCGUCUUUGAGGCACUGCCACAGAGGGCAGGAUGUACCCAGGGAUUGGAGCCCUUGUGGCUGGGAUGCAGGAUAAAGAACGAGUUUCCCCACUCUCGCUGCAUCUUCCGUGUGAGGCAGGGCGGAGCAAUUGGUUCUCCCAUGUCCCCUUCCCUUUUCUCAGCACAAACAAGUGAAAGAGGGAGGGUCACUUUGCUUUGACUCAGGGCUUCUUCUCUCAGGACCUGUGCCCAACCCUUCCUCUCUGCUCAUCCGACUCUGUGUCGCUCUCUCUCAGCGAGUGACAGGGGAUCUUUCAGCACGAUGGCUGCCUGCAAGGACCGCCUGCAUCCUACUCAGAGUAGGGAGCGUCGUUGUAGUUUUUGGCACCCAGCUUCCCAAACUUGGCCAUCGAAGGUUCUUCCAGCUUCCUGCUGUGCUUUUUGAGAUGAAUCCACUGAUGAUUUGAGCUCUGUCUUGCUCUCUGGAUUAAAAUGGGUUCCCAGGCUCUUCUUGUGUUCCUCCUGCACUGGACCAGGAAUCCAACUUCUCUCCAAGAGUUCUUGAGUUCCUUUCGGUGGGGAACAAUGCUAGAAAACAAGAUCUGGUGUUUAUGUGAACUGAAGGCUACUGGGAUUUUGUUCUUUAUGGACCGCUUAAUAUUCAGGGAGGAUGCAAAGUGUAAAUUCACACAGCUAUUUCCAACCCUAGUGUAACGCCACAGAGUUUGUUACCCUUUUAUGUUAUACUUGUAUCACUUAUAUUUAAAAGCCCAACUCCUAAUAAAUUAACAUAGUGAAUUUUUUUCUUUA